AUGCCUUGCUUCAAGGGCAUCGCGGUCAGCAUCCAUGCAAAUGGUGCGCCGCUCCCCGAGCACGGCAUCCAGAAACAGUCGCGUGUCUCCCGCAUUAACAGCUACAUCCCCGUCCCGCAGCCCCAGCUGUCCACCGACUCCGGCAAGCCAGAGGCCGCCAAGUUCGCAAUCUCCAUCACCCUCCUCACACCGGGCCUGCCCAUUCCAUACUCGACGCCCAAGGCCUCCGAUGCCAACCCCUAUCCUAAGCCACACGUCGUCGGCGAGCUGCCUUCGUCCGGCAGCGACAGCAAGUUCGCCGGCAUCGUCACCCCCUACAUCCCCAUGACCAACUCCGAAAACGAGACCAUUGCCGCCUAUAUCUACUUUGACGGCCGCGCCAAGGAAGAAGUGGCCACGUUGUUGCGGCCUGGCGAAGAAACAUGGGUUAACAGCCGCUGGGUACAAGUUCCUGAGACAGAGGGCGGCGGUCUGGCUGAGCGCGAGUUCCUGUUCCGCGAAGUCGGCCUCGAGCGCUGGCUUAACGGCCUGGAUCUUGAGGGACACGACGCCGCGGCCAAGCUGGAGAAGAGACGGCAGCGCUUCGAGAAGCGCCGGCGGAGGCAAGAGCUGCAGCAGAAGCAGCAGCAGCAGCAGCAGCAGAAUGGAUCUUCCACAAAUACGAGCAACCAUCGCCGAAAGAGCAGCACGAGCCGUGACCUGCGGUACGGCGGCGCCGAUGCGCAGUCCCCUGUCGAGGCGCUUGAGGACGACGACCUUUCGGACGACUCUGUAUCUUCCGACGACGAGCUCCCCGAGGCGACGGGCCAGAUCAAGGUCGCCAUGUUCCGUGUGCUGGCUUCCGGUGAGAUCAAAAAGGGAGAGUACUCUCCACAGUUUGACGCACACGAUGAUGACGAUGCCGAGGGUGGUGGCAACGGCGGGAGCGGGGUCGAUGCCGACGUCGAGCACACGACGAGUUUCGCCAAGCCCAAGACCCUCGACCCCAAGACCAUCUCGACACAGACCGUGACUGGCAUUGACGGCCCGGACAAGCCCUACGCCGUCUUUACCUUUUUCUACCGCGGCGAGCGCCAACUAAGUAAAAUGGGCAUCAUCCCGUCCGCCAAGGGCGCACAACAGACGGCCACGGACGCCAAGCGCAAGUCUGCCCAGCUCGACUUUUCCAGUAUUGGUCCGCUCAAGACAGCCGGCACCGUCGGCUUCUCGACGUUCCGCGACAACGACGCCGACCCUACACGCCAGAAGAAGGCGGGCCACAAACGGAACGGCAGCGUGGCAAACACAAACGCCACCACGAACACCAUGGACGAAGACAGUGACGAGGACGAUGAAGACGACGACAAGAUUCUGGGCAAGAUGGACGAUGCCGACGAUAAGGAUGGUGGCAAGUCGUCAGACAGGCUGACGCCCGAGGACGCCCAAUUCUCGGGUGAGCUGGCUGACGGUGUCAACCGCAUUCGGCUCAAGCGGCAACACUCCGUCGACCCUGACAGUGCAGCGGCGUCGUCCAACGCCGCCCGGAAAUCGCCGAGCACGGGGCCUUUUGGCGGCGAGCUGACACCGACCGAGGGAAGCGGUGCCACACCGAGCGCCUCGGGCCUAGCAUCCGGCGUCGCCUCGGCUGUGUCGGGCGGCACAGGCGGCAGCGUAUCAGGAGGCGAUGGUUCUGUGCUCGGCACAUCGGCCAAUUCAGGGUUGCUGUAUGGCAAGGGCCUGCCAGACGACACUGUGAUUGGCAGCCCGCUCAAGCGACACCGGGCCAGUGUAGCCGAGGGCUCCGAAGCCGACCCAAGAUCGGUCUUCAAUUCGGGUGCCUUCCCACCAGCACUCGGUGAUAUCCUGGCCAAGGCUGAGGCGGCAUACAACCGACCUGGUCAGUCCGGCAGCCAAAGCGGAUCGGGCCUGGGAGCCGCUUUGGGUGGAUCGCUCGGCACGUCGCCGUCACCAGCAGCAGCCGGUUCGGCCACAACAGCACCGGCGCUCAAAGAAGAAGACGAAGAGGAGUUAUAG